AUGUUACGCGAAAGCGUGGUCUUUUGUUGUGGUAGAAACCGGAAAUCCAGGGAAACCCACUCGUCUGACUUGACUUUUAAAAAUUGUUAUACACAUAUUUCAGGCUGGAGAAAACUGUACCCGAAUACCGGUAUAUUAGGCGGGGAAUGCAGCGGGGACUUUUUGUACAAGUGGGUAGGAGACCAAUGCACCGCUAUCAACAAAGCAGUAGGCGGGAACUACGUCACUGGACGGUUACCUAGCAACGUGUCACCGCGCAACAGGACGCACGUUCUUGUGAGAGCAGCAAACUACCAUCCGGACGGGGGUCAGGUUUUCUUUCCCGAAAACAAGGACCCAUUCAUUGCCCUUCUGGCUUUACCCGGGGAUGAUAUCAAACUAGAAGAUUUCGUAGCUUUCUACUUUGAUGGAAGUUUUGGUGUUCAAAUCCACGCUGACGUUUGGCAUCAGCCGGUUUAUCCAAUCAACGACGAGGCUACGUUUCUAGGCAAACAGGGGGCGGUACACGCAUGCGUUAAUGUGGACACGGUUGACGAAUUUGGCAAAUACCUGCUUGUCCCUUUAUCUCGACCGGAGUAA